ACCCUAGAUUUUCGUUUCCACUAUGCAAUUUCUAGCUUCUCUCGUUUCCAGUUCCAGAGGAUUUCAUCGGAGAUGGAAUCGAGCGCUCUCUUUGCAUCAGUUUUCAUCAAAUCCGGAGUUCGUCGAAUUUCUCAGGGACAAUGGGUUCCAGAAACCGCAAGCAAUUGCCCUCGCAAUGCGUUACCCUUAUAUCAAAUCCCUAGAGCAGCCUCGAUCAGUGAUUCGACUGCUUAAAAGUUACAAUUUUUCCGAUACCCAGAUCCAGAAAUCAAUCCGGGUCCAUCCUCAAAUGAUGUUCUACAAGGUCGAGAAGAAUCUAGAACCCAAACUUCGGUUCUUUGAAGAGAUUGGAUUCUCUGGCUCUGAUCUUUGUAAGUUCCUUUCCCAAAACUCUUCCGUCGUCGGUGUGAGUCUAGUGAGAAAAUUGAUUCCUACCGUUGAGAUUCUGAAAUCGAUUGUGGCUCCAAAAGAUGAGGACCUUACUGUGAUUCUUAGUAGAUGUAGUUGGCUGCUCAAUAGAGACCCAAACUUGUUCCUCUUACCAAACAUUUCUUACCUCAAAACCUGUGGAAUCGUUGGGUCUCAGCUUGCUGCUUUACUUAGAAGACAGCCAAGGAUCUUCAAUCUCCCUGAGGAAAAACUCAGAGGAUAUGUCUCUCGUGCUCUGGAACUUGGUUUUAGUCUGAACUCAGGGAUGCUUGUGCACGCUGUUUUCUCGUUGAGUUCUUUAAGCAAGAAAACAUUUGAUCGGAAGUUGAAGUUGUUUGUGGCUAAUGGGUUCUCUGAAGACGAGAUAGCAGAUAUUAUACGAAGAUCUCCAGGUUUGAUGCGAUGCGCAUACGAUAAGCUUACACAGGGGAUGGAGUUUUACAUAAAGAGAAUGGGGAUUGAGAGAGAAGCAUUGGUGAAACGUCCUUGCGUGUUGUCGUAUAAUCUUGAGAAGAGAGUGAUUCCUAGGCUUAAAGUCUUGCACAUCUUGAGGGAAAAAGGGUUGUUGUUGAAUGAGGAGAAGAAGAAGAAGAAGAACACGUUUGACAUUGUGGAGAUGACUGAGGAAGCUUUUCUAGACAAGUAUGUGGUAAGAUUUGGAGAUGAGAUUUCUGAGAAAUUAUUGGCAGCUUAUAAGGGUCAUCUCGUGGAUGAUGAUGAUGGUUCUUCCUCAUCCCAUGAUAAAUUGUAGUUUUGUUUCUGAUGAUUUGAUUAGUCUAAAGUCAGGUUCGAUAGUAAUUCAUGUAAUCAAGAUCAACUUAUGGGGUUUUAUAUUCAGAAGUUUGAUCUUGUUGAAAUGUUAAAGAAAUUUGUGGGAGAUUGACCAUGUUUAUUAAAAGGGCUCUUAACCUAGGAGCCCAUCUGUGUUCAA